CGAUUCAUCUACUUGGCAGUACAAGAACUAAGAGACACGGCCGUAGAGAAGAGUAAUUCCGGAAAGCACCAUCAACUUCAGGCCGUAUAUAUAUAUAUAUCUCUCUGCUUCUAUCUUUAUGUAUUCCUCCAUCGAACUUCAGCUUAAUAUAGAAUAUAUAUCUCUCUUUUUAAGUUGAGUACAAUGAAGAUGGAGCUAAUGGACGUGUUCAUCCUUUUUUUGGGGGCCGUUUUUCUCCGGCUAUGGUGGCGCUACUGGUCCGUCACAGGCGGCGGAAAGAACAAUCUUCCACCGGGUCCGCCGGGCUGGCCGGUGGUGGGAAACCUGAUCCAAGUGAUCCUCGAACGUCGACCGUUCAUCUUUGUAGUACGCGAUUUACGUAAAAAGUAUGGACCCAUCUUCAGCAUGCAAAUGGGCCAACGCACACUCAUCAUCAUCACCAGCUCCGACCUCAUCCACGAAGGCCUCGUCCAGCGGGGUCCCGACUUCGCCAGCCGCCCCUCCGACUCUCCCAUCCGACUCAUCUUCAGCGUCGGAAAGUGUGCUAUCAACUCCGGUCAGUACGGCCCUCUCUGGCGCACCCUGCGCCGCAACUUCGUGACGGAGCUUAUCAACCCUACCAGGAUACGCCAGUGCAGCUGGAUCCGUAACUGGGCGCUGGAGCAUCAUAUGAAGCGCCUCAAGUCCGAGGCCACGGAGCACGGCUCCGUGGAGGUGAUUAGCAACUGCAGGCUCACCAUCUGCAGCGUGCUCAUCUGCCUCUGCUUCGGCGCGAAGAUCUCAGAGGAGAGAAUCAAAGUCAUUGAGAGUAUACUCAAGGAUGUCAUGAUGAUGACGACUCCGAAGCUCCCCGACUUCCUGCCGCUGCUGACUCCGCUGUUCCGACGGCAGGUGAAGGAGGCCAAAAAGCUACGGAAGAAGCAACUGGAGUGUCUGGUUCCGCUGAUAAGAAACCGAAAGGCUUUUCUCGAUGGAGGGGGUGUUGUCAACGAGGAGAUGGUGAGUCCAAAUGGUGCUGCGUAUAUCGACUCUCUGUUCAGGCUUGAUGUGCCCGGAAGAGGUAAGCUGGGAGAGGAAGAGCUCGUUACUCUUGUCUCGGAAGCCAUCAACGCCGGGACGGACACGAGUGCUUCGACGACGGAGUGGGCGUUGCUUAAUUUGGUGAUGAACCAGGAGAUCCAAGAUAAGCUGUAUAAGGAGAUUGUUGAGAGUGUUGGGAAAGAUGGGGUGGUCACCGAGAAUGACGUGGAGAAAAUGACCUAUCUUACCGCGGUGGUUAAAGAGACUUUCCGGCGACACCCGCCGAGCCACUUUCUUCUGUCGCACGCGGCGGUGAAGGAGACGGAGCUCGCUGGGUACACCAUUCCGGCUGAUGCCAGCGUGGAGUUUUACACUGCAUGGGUGACGGAGGAUCCGGAGAUGUGGAAGGAUCCGGGCGAGUUCCGACCCGAGAGGUUCUUGGAUGGAGAUGGAGUUGACGUGGACAUAACUGGUACAAAAGGAGUGAAGAUGGUGCCAUUCGGAGCGGGGCGGCGGAUCUGCCCGGCAUGGACGUUGGGGACAUUGCACAUAAACUUGAUGCUGGCUAGGAUGGUGCAGGCCUUCAAGUGGUUGCCGGUUCCGGGUUCCCCACCCGACCCGACUGAGACCUUUGCUUUUACUGUUGUCAUGAAGAACCCUCUCAAGGCUGUGAUUGUGCCUAGGUCAAUGAUCAACUAAUUACCUAGUUUUGCUCAUGGCUAAUUAAGCUAUUGAAAUAAUUAGCUAGCCAGGCAUAAAUUAUGUUUUGAGUUUAAUUUAUGGUUACCUACCUAUAUAAUGUGAUGAAUUUUUUUUUAUUUUUUUUAUUGUUCAAUCACACGGUGUCCUCAAAAGCUUCCUAGGCCCAGAGACUAAUGUGAUGAAUGUUAGUUUGCCUUAUUUGUGAUGCUUA